GUUACUGCGCAGCUCGGUCACUCUCACUCCCCAGCUAGCAAGCGAGCGUUACAAUCGGAGGCAGCAGCGUAGCAGCAGUAGCAGCAGCUGAGUUCAGACCGACGAGACUUCCUCCGCCUCCCAAUUCCUCCCCAGAAAUAAUACUAAAACAAAGUCAGGAAGCAAAGGCGAGCCGCGGCCGCAAGAAACAGCGGGCAAGUCCCGGGCAGAUCCGCGAGAUCCGGCGGCCGGCGGCCGGCGGCGGAGGCCCGAUGACGAACGGGGCGGGGGCCAGCGGCGGCGGCCUCGGGGGCACCAGGGUCCCGACGUGGAGGGAGCGCGAGAACAACCGGCGCAGGGAGCGGCGGCGGCGCGCGAUCGCCGCCAAGAUCUUCGCGGGUCUCAGGGCCUACGGCAACUACAACCUCCCCAAGCACUGCGACAACAACGAGGUGCUCAAGGCGCUUUGCAACGAGGCAGGAUGGACCGUCGAGCCCGACGGCACCACCUACCGCAAGGGAUGUAAACCUCCUCCAGCUGAGCGUCCUGAUCCAAUUGGAAGGUCUGCAUCACCAAGCCCUUGCUCUUCAUAUCAACCUAAUCCAAUGGCUUCAUACAACCCAAGCCCUGCAUCAUCAUCCUUUCCAAGCUCUGGAUCCUCCUCACAUAUUACCCUUGGUGGGAACAACUUCAUUGGUGGCGUCGAGGGAAGCUCGCUUAUCCCAUGGUUAAAGAAUCUUUCCUCUGGUUCCUCGUUUGCUUCCUCCUCCAAGUUCCCACAGCUUAAUCAUCUCUAUUUCAAUGGCGGCUCCAUCAGUGCACCAGUAACACCUCCAUCCAGCUCCCCAACUCGUACACCUCGCAUCAAGACCGAUUGGGAGAACCCAAGUGUUCAGCCACCAUGGGCUGGGUCAAAUUAUGCGUCUCUUCCAAACUCCACACCACCGAGCCCUGGACACCAGGUUGCUCCAGACCCAUCAUGGCUAGCAGGGUUUCAAAUAUCAUCUGCUGGUCCUUCAUCUCCAACUUACAGCCUCGUGGCACCAAAUCCUUUUGGAAUUUUCAAAGAAACUGUCGCCAGCACUUCAAGAAUGUGCACCCCUGGACAGAGCGGAACAUGUUCUCCAGUAAUGGGUGGUGUGCCAGCCCAUCAUGAUGUCCAGAUGGUUGAUGGUGCCCCGGAUGAUUUUGCCUUUGGGAGUAGCAGCAAUGGCAACAACGAAUCACCUGGUCUGGUGAAGGCAUGGGAAGGGGAACGGAUACACGAGGAGUGUGUCUCAGACGAGUUGGAGCUCACCCUUGGGAGCUCAAAGACUCGUGGCGAUCCCUCCUGAUCAUGCUACAAGAGCGCCUCUUAUUCGCCUGGGUUUUACUUUUCAUAUUUAUUUGGACGGUGCUCCAUUAUUUUAUGAGUUCAGUGUUUCUAGAAAGAGAGAAGGGAUUCAGAGAUUGUAUCAUGGUCCUCUGGAGAUGAUAUCCAUCCUCUUUCAGGGAUCUGAACUUGUUUUAGCCUAAGCAAAUUGUUAACUUAUUUAUUUCAUUUUCUUCAUUUCAUUUUCUUUUUUCUCUUUUCUCAAAAAAAUGAAAAGAAAAGAAAAUGCAAGGGGGAAGAAUGCUUGCAGGAAACCUUAGACAAAUUGAAGAAAUGGUGGCGUCCUGCAGCAUUCAUGUGCUCUUGUAAAUUAGUUUAAGUUGUCCUUGAUAUGACUAUUGUCGUUGUACUUCUGUUGGAAGUGUGUACAUCGUAUGGAUCAUUCAUUGUUUCUGUUGUGCCUUUGCUGAUUGAAGUGUUUACAAGUUCAGGUUCCAACUUUUAGGA